AUGCAGGAGAUCGCCAACCUGACGGCUCACCUGAAAGGCGACCCAACAAAUGCGCACCUGCUGCUGGAACGAGGUGAGGCUCCGUGGUCCUCCGCAAGUUCACCAACCCUCCUUAUUGUCACACUAUCCCGCCCUCCCCCUCCCCCAGGCAAGGCGUGGUACAGCAUCCACCGCUUCCCAGAGGCCAUAGCGGACCGGCAGUGGGCCGUGGCCCUCUUGGCAGCCUCUUCUGCUCACUCCAACACUCACAGCAGCGGGGGCAGUGGGAGCAGUGAGCGCAGUCUUGGUGGCUACCACCCCUCCGACCUGCCACGAGCGCUGCUCUCCCUGGGCGAGGCGCUACACACAGCAGGCAGGGUGCAGGAAGCAGUGGAAACCAAUGAACGCGCUGCCGUCCUCCUCUCAUCCCUAAACCUCACCAGCCCUGCUACGUCAGCGCCCAGCUCUUCUGCUGCCACGUCAGCAGAAGACACGUCAGAAGCUGCCAGCUUAGCAGAGUGGGUGAUGACGACGUCAGCGGCGUGGACGCUGGUGGGGCUGUCGUACCAUUGGCUGCCGGAUGCUGACAAGGCUGAGAGGGCAUUCCGAUUGGCUGUUGAGGCGGACCCCCGGGGCACCAUUCCUCUCCUCGCCGACUGGUUCUCUCUCGCUCCCCGCACCCCCAAGGACCAUCUCACCCUGGGCUGCUGUCGUCAGGCUCUGGGGCACAUGGCACAUGCAGUAUCCGCAUUCACUCGCAUCAUUGACGCCCCAUCUGACCCUCAAGAUGCGCCCAUCCUCUUCCACGCCUUCUACCAGCGUGAAAUUGCCACAUUCACGGCAAUGCAGCUUGACAGCUCUUUCAGUGACUUCUCCAUCGAAGGCGCGUUCAGCACCAAGUUCCUGAACCACUGGGCAUACAAGAAGGAUCCGAGAAACCUCUUCCCCGGAUAUGCCAUGCUGCCCCAUGCUGCUGCCUUUGCUCCCCGCCACCCGCCUAGACGAGCGGCAGAGGAGGACGAGAGGGAGAGGGAAUGGGUGGUUCAGGCGGCGGAUCUUAUUGGUCGGCGAGUACAGUACAGCAGCGUCGGCAACGUUGUGAACAGGAGAGCGGUGAGCAAUGGUUCUGGGGUUGGGUGGGGAUGGAGGAAGAGAUGGGGAGAGUGGCUGGUUUAA